AUGUCCCAGCAACCGGGUAGGGCCGAUAGAUCGGAUCAGGCGAACCGGAAAGGGAGAGGAGGCGGGACGAGCGGUCCUCGCCAGCAGGGGGUACCGCAGGGAGGAAAGGGGCCCAGCCCCGUAGUUAGCGGUCAGAGCUCAGCUGCCGGCUCAUCUGCCGGCUCGGCUGCCGGUCCGGGAGCCGGACGCGGUCAACCGCAAGGAGUGGGACGAGGGUUCCGCCGGACGCCAAAUGGCCCCGCGGAAGGCGCAUCUAGCGCCGGUGGUGCCGGCAGAGGCGGCAUCGGUCGGGGAAGCGGGCAGGGGAUGCCAGGAGCGGGAAUAGGCGGAGCUGCCGGCGGAUCCGGCGGAGGUCCGGGCGGGUAUCGUGGAGCAACAGGUCCUCAGUCACAGCAAAGAUAUGGAUCAACAGCAGUCGCGGGAAACGGUCCCACACCAGCAGCAGCGCCUGCGCCUUCCGCGUGGGGUGCGGGCCCUGCGCGCACAAGUGCGCCUACCCCCGCCGCUUCCGGCACCCAGCAGCAGCGGCAGCAGCAGCAACCAGCGGUGCAGCUGUCAUCCGGCCCGGGGAUUCCAGGUUUUGAGUCUGCGCCUCCCCCUGCGGAUUCCGCCUUCCCCGGCCUUUCCCGCUCCACGUCCGCGGGCGGAGCAGCAGCUCGGCCGGGGGCUCCGGGCGUAGCUGGGCCGGGCGCAGGCGCCCCUGCGCCAGUAGUAGGGUCUGGGGGAGCGCCUGGCGCAGGGCCUGCGGGUGUGCCUGCGCCGAGAAUAUCGUUUGCGGCUGCAGCAGCGGCUGGGGGGAUGUCGUACGCGCAAAGAGCGGCGCAGGCGCUGAAUCGCGCGGCUGCACCGCCCGCCCAAGCGCAACAGGCGCAGGUACAGGCGCAGCAAGCGCGGGUGGGCGGAAGCGGGGCGCAGCAAGCGACAGGUCAAGCGGGGGAAGCCGCGUCACAGGGGAAGGCGGACGCUGCUAAGCCGCCACAGGGCACGGAAACAGCAGCACAGGCGGGCCAAACGCCUGUUCCCCAGACCUCCAGCGCAGGCUCGGCAGCAGCACCGGCGGGAUCCCUCACAGGGUUCUUGUCAGCUGCGCGCGCAGGGCUAGGGGAGGGCGCAGGCACAGGCGCAGGGGCAUCUGGUGGAGCGGGGGCGGACGGGGGUCAGGGAGCAGCGGGCGGGGCGAAGGGUAGCGCGAAGGGGGGGGCGAAACCACCGGUGAAGGCUCCUGGUCCUGCUGCGGCUGUAGCGGGGCCUCCUGCUCUUCCCCCUGGCGUAUCGCCUGUAGCUCUGCAGUUCGGCACGUUCAACCCUAAUUUCAUGGGCGCCAGCGGCCCCGUUAUUGUCCCCCCUCGCACCACCUCUGCUCCGCCCAAUCUGGACGAGCAACAGAAGGAGCAGGCCCGGCACGAGGCCAUGCUUCGCCAGCAGCAAGCAGCCAAGUCCGGAGAAGCAGGGGCAGCUAAAGCCCCUAUCGGAGGAAGCAUCCCAGAAGAAUCUCAACAGGUUGGAGUAGCAGCGGCACGGCCGAACCAACAGCAGCAGCAGCAGCAGCAGCAACAGCAGCAGCAGCAGCAGAGACAACAGCAACAGCAAAGACAGCAGCAGCAACAGCAGCAGCAGCAGCAUCAGCAGCAGCACCUGCAGCAGCAGAGAUUGCAUCAACACCAGCUUCAGCAGCAGCAACAGCAGCAGCAGCCUCGCGGUCAGGGCUUUCAACAACCUCCUUUUCAGCACCAACACAUUCCGCUACACCAGCAGCACCCGCACGCACCAGGGCAAGUCCCCAUCCCUCUGCAACAGCAACAACAACAGCAGCAACAGCAGCAACAGCAACAACAACAGCAGCAGCAGCAGCAGCAGCCGCACAGACCCCAACACCCGGGGCAGCCAUCUCAGCAACCCCCACAGCCCUCCCCUCCUCCGCCGCUCGUUCAACCGCCCUUGCAGCCUCUUCCCGCCCCUCACAUACGCCCUCCCCUGAUGAUGCCUGGCGGCCAACCUCAACUACAACCGGGCCAGCUACAACCGGGCAUGCAAAACCCAAAGCCCUCUGCGCUGCUACAGCCGCGGGCAAGCCGGGCACUUAAAAUUAUGGAUCCGACCACUCAGAAAGAGGUGAAGGUGGAAAAGGUGCCCGCGACUAAAGCCAAGCCCGGGGCAGGAGCAGCAGGGGCAGGAGCAGCAGGAACAGGAACGGGAGCAGCAGGAGGAGCAGGAGGAGGGGCGAGGGGAGGGACGGGCGCAGGGGCAGGGGCAGCAGGAGGAGCAGGGGAGGGCGCAGGUGCGGGGGCAGGGGGAGCAGCAGGAGGGGCAGCAGGGGGAGCAACAGUGGGGGCAGCGGGGAGAGGUCCAUCAAGCGCCACUACCUCCCCUGCUCCUCACGGGCUUAGCUCAACCCCUGCAGGCCUGACCUUCGAAAUUCCAGCCCAACCACCCACUCCAGGUUCUGCCCCCACCACCCCUCACGGCGGACUAGUCUCCCCAGCUGGUGCUGGGGCGGCAGCAGCAGGGGUGGCCGGCCGGGGGAUGCCUAUUGGGGUGGCGGCGGCAGCUGCAGGCGCGCGCCCCCCCAUGGGGUUCGCGCAGCCCGGGCACAUGCUUCCAUCCAUGUACUAUCCGGGGAUGCCUGGUGUGGGGGGAGUGCCAGGGGUGCCGGGGGUGGCAGGUGUUCCCCCCGGUGCCUUCCCCCAGGCGCGAUUCUUUCCCCCACAGCAGCCUGGGCCUAUGCCAGCAGGCGGGGGGAUGGUCGGGGGGCCGGGAGGGGGGAUGGGCGGACCAGGGGCAGGCGGGCAGGGUAGGUUUACCCCCCCGUAUCCGCAGCAGGCGGGGCAUGGCGGGGGGGUGAGGCCGCAUAUGGGACACGUUUUGCCACACCAGCAGAUGCCAGGGGGCGGGCCGGCUGGUAUGGUGCACUAUGCCACUGGUGCCGUUCCUGGCGCCGUGCCUGGUGGUUCAGGUUCGGGAGCGGGUGGUCCGGGCGCUGGCGGGGCUGGUUCGGGGGCAGGAGAGGAAAUGCCCAUGCCUGGGAUGGAUGGUAUGGGGAACAUGCCUGUGUCGUCGCCGGUAGGUCCAGGGCCAGGUAUGGUGAUCCCGAACCUGCCGAUGAUGGGUCCUGUAGGUUCGGGAGGGCCGGGUGUGGGGGGGUAUAUGAUGGGCGCAGGGACAGGGUUUGUGAUUCCAGGGCAUGGGCGGGGAGUUGGGGGAGGAGGGGGAAUGGGGGGAGGGGGAAGGGCAGGGGGGAUGCACGGGAGGGGGGCAGGGGGACCAGGUGGGGUAGGGGGCACAGGUCCUGGGGCGGGUAGGGGAAGCGGGGUAAGUGCACAGGUCAUGUCUUCGAAUCGAAUCGUAGUGUCGACAACAGGAGGGGUUACCAAUUUGCCAUCGCCAGGUUCGGGAGCGCGAGACAGGCCUGGGGCAGGUCCGGAUGGGCUGAAGAGGUCCGGGAGCGGUAAGACAACAUGGCCAGUGGUUAGGAGCCCCUCUGGUGGUGCUUCGGGGCAGCAGGGGAAGGAGGAGAAGGGAGAGAAGGAAGGGGAGGAGGGUGUGGGUGGGGCUGUGGUGGAAAAGAAAGAGGAGGGUGAGAAGGGCGAGGAGAAUCGGGCGAAGGGGAGUGAUGCGGCUGUGGCAAAUGGAGAACAGAAUGUAGCAGGGAAGAGUGAAGAGGUUCAGGCGAAGAGCAAAGAGGAGGUGGCAGCGAAGGUCACAGGCGAGCCAGUUGCAGCAGAGGGGGGUGUGGGGAAAGAGGCUGCAGGGAAGGAGGCCGUGGCUGCUGCAGUCGGUACAGCUGCUGCUACUGCUGAGGGCAAGAACGAGGCUGCCGAAAACGCGGGUGCUGAAGGGAGUGCUGCUGUUACGACCGAAACCCUUCAGGCAGCUGAGGGGAAAGAGGGGGCUAAGGAGUCGGAGGCGACUGGUGAAAUAGUUAAGGAGGGGGAUAAGAAGGAGGGGGAAGCAGAAGUGGAUGAGAAGGGUAAGGAGGAGGAGGGGGAGAAAGUGGAGGGGAAGACGAAAGAGAAGAAGGUGGAGGAAAGUGCUGAGGUUGCUCCUGCUAAAGCAGAAGAGAGCAAGGAGGCGAAAGAGGAGAAGGAGAAGGAGGAGGAGAAGAAGGAGGGUAAGGUUGAAGAGUCUGAUGUUAAGGGUGGGAUUGAGAAGGGAGGGGAAAAGGCCAAGUCAGCUGCUGCUGCUGCUGCUGCGGCAGCAGCAGCAGCUGCCACUGCUGCUGCAGGCACAGCCGUGGCUGCUGCUACAGCCGCUGCUGCCACAGCUGUGGUUGCUCCUGCCAAGAAGAAAAAGCUGAAGCAAGUUUUGGCAGAGAAAGAAGCUGCUGAGUCUGAAAUGCUGAGUCUGAAGCAAGCUCCUGACCUCUAUAACGCGUACACGACUAAUGCUGCCAAGGGCAAGGAGGCAGAAGGGAAGAAGGCAGAGGGGAAGGUGCAAGAGCAACCAGGGUCUGUGGCUGGUGAGGUGACUGUGGAAGAAAAGGCGGGCGAGGCUGCUAAGGUAGCAGAGCAAGAGGAGGAAAAGAGAGAAGAGGAAGUGGAUGAUUGGGAGGAAGCAGUGGAUACAGAUGCUGCUGGGAAGGGCCGUGCUGGGAAGGCGGGAGGAGGAGAGACAGGGGCUGCGGGUGCCACCCCUGCUGCUGCCGCUGCCGCUGCAGCAGCAGCUGCUGCAGUAGCUGCUGCCACUGCAGCAAUCGGAGCAGCAGGUAAAGGUCCAGGAGCAACAGCAGCAGCAGGCGCAGCAGCAGGUGCAGCAGUAGGCACACCAGCAGGCACAGCGGUGGCAGCUGCGGCACAGAAAGGAGCGAAGGGCGCAGAGGCUGCUGCAACCAACGCGGAUGGCUCGUUCAAGUAUUCUCGAGACUUCCUCCUCACACUUAGAGACUCUCACAGGGACCUCCCAGGCGACAUGGACUUCCGCUCCUUCCUACGCGAGUGUAACGCCGUGCUGAAACCGCCUGCUGCACAAAGAGUACAGCAGAUGGCGGCUCAGGGGUUCAAUCGCCCUAUGGACGCCCUAUCGGGUGCACCUGGGGGAGGUUUGAACCGGCCAGGUAUGGACGAGGACCGCUGGGCGAGAGGGCCAGGAAUGGGCCCGAGAGGUCCGGGCGGAGGUAUGGACGGAGGGGUGCUGGGCCCGCCUGGAGGUCCGGGGUUCAGAGGUCCGGGAGGCGGGUCGCCUAUGGGUAUGGGAGGCCCGGGGAUGCGGGGAGGAAUGGGGGGACCAGGGGGGCCGUUGCUGGGGAGGGGGGAUAGGGGGGUGUUGCCUCAUGGUGCGCCUGGGAUGGGGGGACCUGGGGGGAUGCCUAUGGGUGGUCCGAGGGGAGGCGUGGAUGCAGAUAGAUGGCAGAGAAACCCGAUGCAGAACCGACCUGCUGCACCUGCGGGACCCCCGCUGCCUGCGAUUCACAAGACGGAGAAUCGGUACAAGGCAGGGAUGGUGUCGGAUGAAGAGGAAAAGAAGCAGCGGCAGAUCAAGGGGAUUCUGAACAAGCUGACGCCUCAGAAUUUCGAUAAGUUGUUCAAUCAGGUGAAGGAAGUGCAGAUUGACUCUCCUGAGACGCUCACAGGGGUGAUUGGGCAGAUUUUCGACAAGGCGUUGUUAGAGCCCACGUUUUGUGAGCUGUAUGCGAAGUUCUGCCAGGCGUUGUCUGUUGAGUUGCCUCAGUUUGGGGAGGGGAAUGACCGGGUGACGUUUAAGCGCACGCUUUUAAAUAAGUGCCAGGAGGAGUUUGAGCGAGGGGAUCAGGAGCAGCUGGAUGCUGAGAAGGAGGAGGAGGAGGUGGAGGUGGAGGAGGAGGAGGAAGGGGAGGGGAAGAAAGGGGAAGGGGAGGGGAAAGAUGGGGCGGACGGGAAGGCGGAAGAGAAGAAGGAAGGGGGGGAGGAAGGGAAGAAGGAAGUGGAGGAGGGUGGGAAGGACGAGAAGAAGGAAGGGGCCAAGGGAGCGAAGGUUAUGGUAAAGAAGAUGGUGAAAUUGACUGAGGCGGAGAGGCAGAGCAGAAGGCAGAAGGCUCGGAGGCGCAUGCUGGGGAAUAUCCGCUUUAUAGGAGAGCUCUAUAAGAUGAGCAUGCUCACGGAGCGCAUCAUGCACGGAUGCAUCCAGAAGCUUCUAGGAAACACUGAGGACCCGGACGAGGAGGACAUGGAGGCCUUGUGCAAGCUGCUCGCGACCAUCGGGCAAAUCAUCGACCACGAGAAGGCACAGAGCCACAUGGAAGCAUACAUGGCGCGCAUAGCCCACUUCUCUACCUACCAGAAACUCUCCUCCCGCAUCCGCUUCGGCCUGCAAGACAUUCUCGAGCUCCGGGAGAACAAGUGGCAGGCCAGGCGGAAGGUCGAGGGGCCCAAGAAGAUCGACCAGGUGCAUAGGGACGCGCGGGACGAGCGGUCCAAUGCCGUCGCGACAGCUGGCAGGCAGAUAUUGGAGCGCGGGGGCGGCGGGAGCAGGGGCCCGGGUGGUGGUAUGGGGAGCGGGCGGCGGCCGGAGUAUGGCAUGGAGCCGCCCGGGCGGCCGGGUUUGGCUGGGUCUGGGCCGAUGAGGGGCGGCCCGGGGCUGAUUGGAGGGCAAGGGGGGCCGGGGGGAGGGAUGUAUGGGCGGGGGCCGGGGUAUGGGCACCCUGGGGGGAUGGGGGGAAGAGGGGGAGGCCCUGGCGGGUAUGAGGGGAGAGGGGGAAUGGAGGAUAUGGGUCGCCCCAUGCCCCUCCCCCAGAGGAACAUGGAGGAGGGGGAAUUGAAGCUGGGGCCGCAUGGGGGGCUGGGGAGACCUGGGGGAGGGGGCCCAGGGGGAGGCAUGGGCGGGGGGAUGAGGGGGGGACCUGGGGGACCUAUGGGGGGACCCAUGGGGGGGCUUAUGGGGGGCCCAGGGCGGGGGGGACCUGAAGGUCCCCCUGGCGCCAUGCCUCCGGAGAUGCGCAGGUUCGGGCCGAGCCAGAGCGAGAGGUUCGGGCCGAGGGUGGGGGAGAUGGGGGGCCCGAGGGGCGGGGGGGAUAGAGAUGCGCCGAUGAGGCCUGGCCCUGGCGGGUAUGGGGAGAGAGGGGGGGAGAGAGAAGGGGGGCGGGGGCUAGUAGGCCCUGGGUCUAGGAGUAUGAUGAUGGGGAGGGGACCUGGGCCUGAGGGGAGGGGGUAUGGUGGGCGGGGGAUGGGGAUGGAGCGGGAGAGGGAGAGGGAGGUGGAUGCAUGGAGAAGAGGCACGAGAAUUGAUGAGGAGCCGCAAGCAGGUGGAGGCAGGGAGGGAGGGAGGGAUGGGUGGAGGGAAGCGGGGAGAGGAGAUGGAGGGAGAGGGGACGUGGGGAGAGGGGGAGGGCCGGGAGUGGGGCCAGGGGCAAGAGAGGGAGCAGGAGGAGCAGGAGGGGCAGCAGGAGCAAGAGGAGCAGGGGCAGCAGCAGAGACGGGAGGAGGAGCGGGAGCAGCAGGGGGGGCGGGAGGGGGAGCAGGAGGGGCGAAGGCGGGGGCAGGGAUGGAUGAGGAGGGUGCUGUGGCGAAGGCGAACAGUGCUGUGGAAGAAUUCCUCAGUGCCCGUGACUUCAAGGAAGUCUGCCUGUGCAUUGAGGAACUACAGUCGCCGCAGCAUCACGGGGCGAUAGUGGCGGGGUGGGUGGCGGCAGGGCUAGACAAGAAGGAGGCGCAGAGGCAGCAGGUGGAGGAUCUGGUGGUGCGGCUGUGCUGCGAGCCCAAACCCUCGCUCUUCACGAGUGACCAGAUUCAGCAAGGUCUGGUGAGAGUCUUCCAGGAGCUCGAGGAUUGGUCAGUUGAUGCCCCCAAGGCCCCGCAACACGUGGGCCGUCUGAUUGGCCGGCUCGUGGCAGCUGGCGCCGUCCCAUUGGCCGACGUGGCCCGGCUGGUGAAAUCAGGCGGUGCAGAGGAAGGGAGUCUGGUGGAGAUGGGUGAGGGGAUGAAGGUGAUGGCAGCGGUGGUGGGCGCGGUGAGGGGGGAGAAGGGGGAGAAGGAGGCGGGGGAGAUGGUGCGGGCGGCGGGGAUAGAGGGACCAGAGGAAUUUAUGGAGGAGAGAGCGAGAGGGAGGAAGGAGAAGGUGGAGGAGGCGAGGAAGGCCCUUGGGCUGGCAGGUGCCACAGAUCCACUGGAAGCAGUGGCAGAGCACCUGAAAGACGCUUUUGCCAAGGGGGAAUCAGCAGAGGCUGUGCUUAAAUGGCUGCAGGCCAACACUCCACCUGACACCCCAACGCAGCCGGCUUUCCUGCGCCUGCUCAUGCGCUCGCUGCUGCAGCAGUGCAUCGGUGAUAGCAGACAAGACUUCAAGAAGCUACUGGCAGGGCCAGUGAAGAAGUAUGCCAAGGUCUUCCAGGAGUAUGCAGCAAAGAAGCAAAAACCCAACCAGGUUCAAUAUCUUUUCGGAGCUCAAGAAUUCGCAGAGUCGUGUGGGCACCCAGCGGGCCUGCUAGACGCGGUCUUCAGAACACUCUACGACCUCGAUGUGGUGGAGGAGUUGAUGCUGUUUAGGUGGCAAGACGACAACAAGGACCCAACGCCUGGCAAGCAAAAGGCAUAUUUGGACGUGCGCCAUUUUCUUAAUUGGCUAAGUACGGCACAGGAGGAAGGCACAGAGGAAAACGGCGGUGAUGAAAAUGCUUGA